UUUGAUCCACUUGUUGGAACAGAGAUUAUGAACAAUUAGCUCACCUUCAGGAUUUUUUCCUAAAAUUAUAGAGCACAAUUUUGAGGCAAAAUUAUCCACUGUCACCAUCACAGGCCUUGCAACGUUGUGUCUGAUCACAAAUUUGAACCAGUUAUCACAUCUCUUGAAGCAAAAUUAUUUAUUUUCGAAAAAUGCGAAUUGGAGGAGAAAAAGUCUUAAGUUAAGAAAAGUAUUUGAACGUGCUUUACAUUMGACUCGAUGGUUUUAAUUGGUUGUUUUGCAAUGACGGUGAGUGUAAUUGAAGCGAUAAUAUUUUGCAAAUGGGMUUWUUUUAUCGCGUGAAUUGGGUUAGAUUUGAAGUUGGCGCGUCAACAGUUUUGUUACGUUGGUAACGUCUGAAAGUUAUGUAGUGCCACCACUCACCAUCUGUUUGUUUAAUGGUGUAUUUUCAAACAUUAGGGAGUAUUGUAAACGUUAUACAAUAAAAAAUUACCCGCAAUGCAACCAUUAGGAGAAAAUGCUGCAAACACACCAGCCUUUUUAGGUAAAUUAUGGAAAAUGGUUAAUGACCCGUCGACGGACCACCUGAUCUGCUGGAGUCCGUCUGGUACUAGCUUUGUGAUACCAAACCAAGCCCAAUUUUGGUAUGAACUUCUUCCUCUCUAUUACAAACARAAUAAUAUGAGUAGCUUCGUGAGGCAAUUGAAUAUGUAUGGUUUCCAUAAAAUGUCGACGGUUGAAAAUGGUACAAUGGACUCCGAUAAAGACGAAAUUCAAUUUUCACAUCCUUAUUUUCUAAAAGAUCACCCCGAACUCUUGCGUAAUAUCAAAAGAAAAGUAAGUCAAAAAACAACCAAUCACGGUGUAACCCCCCCUAAUUCUCAGGCAACCACUUCCAAAGCUUCAAACGAAAAUAGUAAUAAACAUGACGAUUUAACCAAGGUUUUAAGCGACGUUAAACAACUCAGAGGACGUCAAGUCAGUGUCGAUAAUCAAUUAAACGCAAUGAAACAAGAAAAUGCUCUUCUGUGGCGCGAAGUGGCCAUUCUUAGACAAAAACAUUUAAAACAACAAAAAAUCGUCAAUAAGCUCAUUCAAUUCUUAGUUACGUUAGUUCAACCGUCUAGGAUGACAGUUGGUGUAAAAAGGGGGUACCAAUUGAUGUUACACGAAAGUCCAAAUAAAAAAAGUAAACUUAGUAAUAAUGGAAAAAGUAAUAGUAAUGCUGAAGGACCCACAAUUCAUGAAUUGGACAGCGAACUGGAURUAACACCAAAUUUAUACGAGGAGGAUGUCCCAGUUAUCGACAGCCCUGCUGCUUCUGUUGGUUCUCAACAAACAGAUCUUAAUUCACCACUACAAUCUCAGUUACUAGUUGAAGAAAAUGGAGAAGAAAAUACAUGGGACAAACCUGAAUAUGUGUCUGUUGGGUCGGUCGGUGCGCCAGAAGAGAGUUUAAUUUUGCCGGAAGAGGAUUUAAAUGAGGAAACUUUGAUUAAUAGUUUAAAAAAUGAAGCAGUUGUUGAACCAGUCGGUGUUGUUAAUGACAAUAGUGGCAGUUUUGAUAAUCAAAAAGUGUUUUUGAAUCCGUCGACCCAGGAUACGUUGUUGAGUAAUUUAAUUAAAAAUAGUACUACGAAAGCUAYCAAUGGAAAAAAUGUGGUCCCAGUCACUGUACUGUCGUCGACUCCUGAUACUAGUAACAAUAUGGCCAUUGCCACUCGUGAUACGAAUUUGUGUGAUGUAAUAAAGAGUAUGCCAGGACCUAGUGAUCCUUAUACUUCGGAUUUAAGUAACCACGUGGAAGCCACUCAGCAGGAAUUAGAUCAAUUCAAGGAUAUUUUAAACGGAUAUAACCCAUUUAUUGAUGCCAAUGCCUUACUAGGGGAAUUAAACAAGAUCCCUCAAAACUUCAAAGAUGUCUAUCUUUUUAAUGGCGAGUCUCCUGUUUAUGAUCUGAAUGUUAAUGACGAUAAAAAUGAGAAUUUGAUCGAUCCUUCUGAUCCUUUGGUUUCUGGUUCUGAARUAACCCCCUAUGGAGAUAACUUUGAUUUUACUGAACUAUUUGAUGAUUCCAUUAARGAAGGGAAUGCGGCAACUGUACAGACAUCUGAAGCUGCAUCGUCAACUGUUAAUACACCACAAAUUAUCAAAGAAGAACCUAUUUUCCCCGCUAUACAACACAAAAAAUAAUUACUGAUUUUAAACCCAACAGAAACAAAUGUACAAAAUUGGACUGAUCAAAUUGAUCGGCCAUCAAAUUCGCGAAUGUUGGUUUUGCGGAUUGCAUUUUUUUUUUGUUUGAGACUUUUAAACUAGCAUGGUAAGGAAACUACUGUGACUUCAGAUUGUGACUACGUGUGUUUAUUUUUUUGAUAAGAAAUUUCUCAAAUAGACUAAGAUUUGAACAUUUUUAAACCAAUKUAGCAAACACGUUUGGCGAUUUUAUUUUACAACUGAUCUAACUUAUCUAAGACUUUGGUUCGUUUCGUAGCCUAUUUUAUUUAACAUAUAAAUAUUGCUAUUUUUGUAUGUAUAUUAGACUCGGAAAAACUGAUGUACACUUUUUUCUUUACAUAUGUAUUUAUUAAUUUUAAUAGGUCCCAUAAGUUCACACUGAAAGUCGAUUGUUUCAUGCAGCAAAAAAUCAAUAACGUAGUCAAAAUUAACAAAAAUAUUGGUUUUUGGUUGUAUAAAAUGUUGAACUUGUAAUAUUUGCUUGAUGCUGUUUUCUUGUAAGCUUUUAUAGGCAUCAAAUACAGGCUGUAGGUUUCCUAAAAGUUAUUUUUAUUAUCCAUGUUACUAGUUCACUUCUUUUGUAAUCAUAAUAUAUUUUUUGUUAUUAUUUGUUUUAUAUGUUUUCAGUAAAUUAUAACAUUAUACUAUA